AUGAAUAUCAAAGUGAAGAUGAUGAAGCAAGCUGCAAAUGUUUACACCAAUAAAAUAUUUGCAGAAUUUCAAGAUAAGUAUGUCAAGUCCCUUGAAGUAAACAUUGAAGAAACUGAACAUGAUGGUGAGAACACCAUGUAUACGGUUCUUGAUAGUGAUGGUGUAAAGGUGAGGAAUGUGAGAGUGGAGUGUGAUGGUUCAUUGACUUGCAAUUGUAGGAAGUUUGAAAUGAAGGGCAUUUUGUGUAGUCAUUGUUUGAAGAUCCUUAGAGACACCCUCAAGUUCAAAGAGAUUCCUUCACAAUAUAUUCUCAAGAGAUGGACUAAAAAAGUAAGAGCUGAAAAUGUGAAAGAUAGGUGUAGGCAUGAUAUUAAGGUUAAUGUAAGAUUACAUCAAACUUCACACUAUAGAUCAUUGAUGGAAAUAUUCAGAGCAGUAGAGUGUAGAGCUUUUGAAAGUGAGAAAACAUAUAACAUGAUGGUAGAGAAAGCGAAUGAAUUAAUUGCAAUCAUUGAAAGCAUGUUAAGUGCAAAAUUCACUAUGCCUUUUUCAGAUACUAUUGAACAAGAAAGCCCUUUGAGCACAUGCCCCGAAUGCUUUGAAUUGGAUGGUGUAGAGGAUACAAAUGUAGUUCAACCAAAAGGACUUAACAAAAGAGAGUGCACUAGCAAGAGAAUAAAGCGGACAAAAUGUGGUUUGGAGCUUACGUUGGCAAAGAAAAAUAAAACAAAUUCACAUAAUGCUUCUCAACCUUCUCAACCUCCCAUAUCUGUUGCUCCUCAACCUCCUCUCUUAUUUUCGGUGAGUGCUUCUCAACCACCUCUCUUGUUUUCGCCGAGUAUUCCUCAACUGACUCCUUUAUUUUAA